AGAACAAGUACCAACGCAAUUAGAUCAUUCAACCUCAAACCGCAAAACCAACCAGCCAAGCUGUGCUAUCAUCCAAUAUGAAGAUCACAACUACCGUUGGCCUUCUCUUCACUUUCCUCACCUCCUCUGCUUCCGCUACUCCUUUCUUUUAUGGCUGGUCAGACAGCGUGACCCUCCAACUUUCCAACGACUGGUCUGGCGCAAAUGCCAAAGCCUCCGUUGCAACUGACGGCAAGCCACAUCCAAUCCAAAAGCUUUUCGACGACUCGGAUCUCGAGAAGGACGGCAAGAUCUAUGCAACAAGCGCUCAGCUCACCGAAUUCCACCAUAAUACCGUCUGUCGCGUGCUUCAGCACGACCCUAGGGUCGAAGUCACAUUGGACGACGAGAAUACUUGGUCGUUCCUGGACCGCGGUGCCUGGGUGGAUGUACACCGUGGUGUGGUGAUCUGUAUUGAAAAAUAGACAGGCCGCUGUUGUUUGAUACGUACUGCAGGUAUACUUGUCGAUAGGGGUACAUGCUCCUCUAAGUGAGGGUACCUAUCAUACAGCGUAUUUUCUGUCAGAAGCUGUUAAAUCAAUUACUUGGUAUGCACACGAAAAUGGGUUAUUUUGUCCGUAUGAGGUUUUUGUUUCCUUUGUAUUGUGGAUAAUUUCACUAGGUCUAGGGCAACAACAUAGGAUAACACUAUCCUGAGACCUAUGAGUAUAUAGUCGAAUAAUAGUAACUAUUGGUCGGUA